UCUUUAUAAAUUUGUGCAAUCUGCGCACAAUUAGUGCACUCGCUCUUAGCGCUCAGAUGUAGUGAAUGCAAUAAUAAUAAAAGUGAUUUACCACGAUUUAAAAGUAGUAGCUUUUACCUUUUUAACGAAUCAAGUUUUUUCUAAUAUAUAAAAAAAGGAGCAGAAGAAGAAAAAAAAUGUGGAAGGUCGUAUUUCGUGGAAUUCGCGAAACGUUGGAGCGACGUGUUUGUCGUACCAACGUUUACUCGCAAUCGUCGCAGGAUAACGCGAAGAACGAAGUCAAAACAAGCUUGACAUGCCAACAAAAAUUUCUUCCACCAAUUUUUAUUACUUGUGAUAAAAGUUUUUGCGGAUCAGCCAGAAGCGCUGGUGCUAAAGACGAAAAAUACGAAUGGAAUACCAAGUACAGUUGGCCAGAGGCUGUUGGUUGGUCCAGUGUCCUGGCAGCUGGAUGGGUUGUAUGCCAAACUCUUUGCUUCCGCAAAAGAGUCUUUGGUCAAGACAGUAAUGAGACUUUAAAAAGUAAAUUAUAUAACUACUCUGGAGUCUCAUUUAUAGUUACACAGCUAUUAAAUUUCAAACCAAAAAAUAUUCUACCAGUCACCAAUUGUAUUGGUAAUAACAAUAAACCAAAAUCUAAUCAGCAAGAUUCAGCUUCAGAAUGGAGCGCAGCUCCUAGUAAACCAUUUGGUCCUCUCACCAUUGAAGAGGCAUUUAAAGAGGCUGCUGACGAAUUUGCAAAUACUCAUAACCUAGUGAUAGGAGAAUACGAAUUUCAUUAUGGCAUAAAAGCGUUAAAGGAAAAACGCUAUGCAGAUGCUUUGAAACAUUUUUCCGCGGGCGCUAAUGUAUCAUCCGGAAGUAUGUUUAAUUUAGGACUAUGUUAUGAAUUAGGCAUCGGAACUUUAGCUGAUCAAAAAAAGGCUGUAAAAUGUUACAACGAUGCCGCGGCCCAUGAUCAUGCUGACGCAUUAUAUAAUCUAGGAGUUUUCCAUGCUCAAGGAAGGGGUGGGUUAAAGAUUGACAUUGAUGCUGCGCGCUCUUAUUUCGAUAGAGCAGCCAAGUUGGGUCAGGUACAAGCGCAACAUGCACUUGAUUUAGAGAAAGCUGAAAUUUUGAAGAACUAUAACAAUGCCUCCAUCGUACCAAACGUACGUUUAAAAAAUGAAGAAAAUUUAGAAAAGAAUAAUGCAAAUGAUAAGCAAAUAAAAUUAAAUGAUUACACAUUGAAUACAAACAUCGAUAAAAUAUUAAGUACAAAUUUGACCGCAAAAUGUACGUUGGAGGUGCCAAAUUAUGAGGAAACAAUCGAAGAUCCUACUCAAGUAUUUUUAGAUUUUCUGGGCUUAACAGAAUCUAGUCGAGCACCUAUUAUGAUAACUACUAACAAUUGUCACGUGCCAUGUUGAAAAAAUAUUUUUAUUAUAUCGAUGUAAGAUGCGCCAAGUAGACUCAUUGUCAUGUAAACGGUACACAGAUGUAUUAAUUUCUACAUUUUGUUCUAUUUUUGUUUUUUAUGUGUCUAGUAUUUAUACGUAGUACGUAGAAUGAUAUCAGUUGAGCAAAUUUUUGAUCAACUUAUGACGUCAUAUAAAUCAGAAUUUUACUUCAAACCUAAAUCGCGCAUUUGUUCACAAUAUUAUUUUCAUAUUUUGUUAUUUUCCAUUUACGUUUAACAAAACAAGUAUAUGUAGGUAUAUAUUAUAUAUAUUCAAAUGUAUAUGCAUAAGCGUUU